GUGGCCUGCAGUCACUUUUCCUUCCUGAUUAGCUCCCAUGUUCCCCUCCCCAAACACCCUAGUAUUCAUUAACUUUUGCCUUCUCUCUACCCUUCCCAACACCCAUACCUGCCCUGGAGGCGCUAGAAUUGAGAACUGAGGAUCACACUGGUAGCCAGGAUGCAUGGGGCUGAAGCUCUGACUGCAGGCCAGAGUAGUCAAUAAUGGUUUCCUUUUGGAACCUAAUCCGGGCCCAGAUCUGGAGAUGUGAGGGAGGGGAAUGGGCCCGGAUAGAUUCAGGAAGGCAGUUUCAGGUUCCAGUCCAGAACAGGCAGGUACACUCCUUAAUCAUCUGCGCCUAUCUUGAGGAGGCUGAGCUCCUAGACAGAAACCCCUUAGUGUCUGCUAUACUUUAAGAAGGAAAAAUAAAAUCUCAAGUCUGGAGGGAAGCCUGCUAGGGAUUCAGUCCUCAGCUAGACAUUAUGGGGGAUGAUGGCGAAGUAUAAGACACAGCUUCCCGUCAUCACAGAUUGUAAAAACGAUCCCACCAUUUGUCUUCGUGGCCUGGAUUGCAUAAGAUUAGAUGGAAGCUUCAUCAAAGACUCCAAUUACAUAAACAGUCAAAGGGGUGGGGGGAGGAAUGGGUAGAGUUGUAGAAUGGUGGAAACCAUGGAAAGGGACAGAUCUUGGUGAUGGAAAAGAACACCCCAAAUGGUCAGAGGGUUGAGCAAAGCACUUGUGAAUAAAAGUCUCUGUUCCUCAAUUUUUUAUUUUUCUUUUUGCAAAAUGAGUUAUUUGGCUUAGUCAGCCUCUAAGGCUCCUUCCAGCUUGACACCUAAUGAGAGGCUGUGGAUCUGGCACUAAAAUCGGAGAGUUUGAAGAAGAAAUGGCGACCUAUCUGGUCCCAGCUCCUGAGCACAGGCCUUGGGCACCAAAGGUCCGCCGGAGGCAGAAUUCCUUUGAAGGGCCCCAUGGCAGAGGCCCCGUGGGCUUUGUCCCGGGCUGGCUGGAGGAGGCAGCAGUAGUUUCCCAGCUGUUUCCUGCUCUCAGUCACAACAAUGGGAGAGUCGGAAGGAAGCUUGGAGCUUGUGGCCCAAACUACCAGCUCUCGGGGGACACUGCCUCCUCCAGCUGCUCCCCCUUGACUUGGAGGCUGGGGAAGGGCCCCGGCAAUCACUCAGCCUCUGUUUCCUCAAAUGUGAACCGCCAACAUGGACGAGCUCAUUACGUCGGGGACCAGAGAAGACACCCUUUGGUAAGCGCUUGGCCGGCACAGGGCCCGGCCCCCCGGCUCUGACCACGCUGGUAAUCUUCCCUCCCCCCACCCCAACUGUCUGGCAGGGUCCGGGCCCGUGGGCGUCUGUCCCGGGAGAUAAUCUCCGACAUUGCUACGGCCUCUGAGUUCUCAUCUGAGUCAGCACUCGUCUCCAUCGGCCUCAUUGCCCCCGUUUUUCAGAUGAAGACACUGAGGCUGCAAGAGACCCCGGGCACUUGCCCGAGACCCUGGCGCUAGCAUCGGAGGAGGGAUUCGAACCCAGAUAAUCGGGACUCAGCCAAGUCUAGCCCUCAGCCCACACUUUCGGGGACGGGCUGGCCAGAGGUGCGUGGUCAGCACGGUUAGGCGUUUUGGGGGCUCGAGCUGAGAAGCGGCCGCAAGCCGACUAGCGCAGCCGAGCAAGUCCUCCGUCAGCCUGCCCCGCCCCUUUGCCUCAGCCCCGCCCCACCGCCCUCAUUGGCUCCUCUCCGCCUUUAUUUUCCCCACCCUCUUCCCCUCCUCGCCUAGGGCCCCGGGCCCCGGCCCUGACGCAUGCGCGUUCUCGCUCCCCGGCUUCCUCCUCCCUCGGCUCUCGCCUUUCUCCUCCCUUCGUUUCCCCUCCCUCGAUUCUCGCGCCCUUUCCGGAUUUGGCCCCGCCUCUCAGCCAGCCGAGACCACGCCCCACAAAGCAGUUCCGGUUCGGGCGGGCGCUGCCGCGGGCGCUGCCGCGGGCGCUGCGGUGCCCGAGGCCCCAGUGUGAUGCUCACGCUCAGCCGCCCCUCGUCGCCAGCUCCGCCCUCGCCCCCGCCCCCGAUCCUGCUCGAGGCCCCCGGCCCCGACCCUGCCCCGAGGGGCCGCCGGGAUAGCGACAGUGACGGCGGCAGCAGCUGCAACUCGGAGGAGAGCUCCUGCCCUGAGUGUCGGAGGGGUUCGGAGGCCCCAGCCCAGCAGACAACAGAGGAGACAAUGGCAGGGCAUAACCAGCUCUGCAUUCGCCGUUGGACAACUAAGCAUGUUGCUAUAUGGCUGAAAGAUGAAGGGUUUUUUGAAUACGUGGACAUCUUAUGCAAUAAACACAGACUGGAUGGACUCACACUGCUAACAUUAACUGAAUAUGAUCUACGGUCACCUCCUCUGGAAAUUAAAGUCUUGGGAGACAUAAAAAGGCUGAUGUUAUCAAUACGAAAAUUGCAAAAAGUACACAUUGACGUUUUAGAAGAGAUGGGUUAUAACAGUGACAGUCUCCUUGGCCCCAUGUCACCUUACAUCAGUGUUCUGCAAGGCUCAGAAUGGCUAUGUAAUGGGGAACUGCCGCAUGAUUGUGAUGGACUUAUCACUGACUUGAAUUCAGAUCAGUACCAAUACAUGAAUGGGAAGAACAAACACAUGGUUCGAAGAUUAGACCCAGAAUACUGGAAGACCAUAUUGAGUUGUGUGUAUGUGUUCAUAGUAUUUGGGUUUACAUCCUUCAUCAUGGUUAUAGUCCAUGAACGAGUGCCUGACAUGCAGACUUAUCCACCACUCCCAGAUAUAUUCCUAGAUAGUGUUCCUAGGAUUCCAUGGGCCUUUGCCAUGACAGAAGUGUGUGGUGUCAUUCUCUGCUAUAUCUGGCUGCUGGUGCUUCUCCUUCACAAGCACAGGUCAAUACUUCUGCGAAGACUCUGUAGCUUAAUGGGCACUGUAUUCUUGCUUCGCUGCUUUACCAUGUUUGUGACUUCUCUCUCUGUGCCAGGACAACACCUUCAGUGUUCUGGAAAGCUAUAUGGCAGUGUUUGGGAAAAACUGCACCGAGCCUUUGCCAUAUGGAGUGGCUUUGGCAUGACCUUGACUGGAGUACACACUUGUGGAGAUUAUAUGUUCAGUGGCCACACUGUUGUCCUGACUAUGCUGAAUUUCUUUGUUACUGAAUAUACACCAAGAAGCUGGAACUUCUUGCAUACUCUAUCCUGGGUACUCAACCUCUUUGGAAUCUUCUUCAUUCUGGCUGCACAUGAACAUUACUCUAUUGAUGUGUUUAUUGCCUUUUAUAUCACCACAAGACUCUUUUUGUAUUACCAUACUUUGGCCAAUACCAGAGCAUAUCAGCAGAGUAGGAGAGCAAGGAUCUGGUUUCCCAUGUUUUCUUUUUUUGAAUGCAAUGUUAAUGGUACAGUACCUAAUGAGUAUUGUUGGCCUUUUGCAAAACCUGAAGUAAUGAAAAGAUUAAUUGGUUGAAGAAUGUGUCUUUGUAAAGGAUUCAUGAUCAAAUAUAGAGAAAUGGUUUCAAAAACUAAUAACUUUAUUUUUCCCCCUCUUGUGUUUCUGAAUGCCUGCUUACUUGGCUUGUUAGUUGACAGAGUGGGACUUUGUGUGCUUAAAAAAAAUAGGGUUAUGGUUGUAAAAAGUAAGCCUUGAAUAGUCAGGAGUAUUCAAGUAGAUAUUUGAACAGAAAGCUCAAAUAAUCUUUUUCCUUUUAGGGGAGGGAUAGGGAGGGAGAAUACAGAUUUUGUUUUAGUAUUUUGAGGUAAAUAUAUUUCUUGUUGAAAAGAUUUCUGCACAUUAUUGGCAUGAUUACAUUCAAGAAAUAUUUUGUGGAAGCUGCUUCCAAUUAUCUUCAAAAAAAAAAAAAAUCCACGAGCAAUACUUGUCAUUUAAACAGAUUCUUCAUCUCUGUCUAUCUCUAUCUUCAUUUUCUUUUCUUCUCUCUCUCGCUACACAAAUUCACACACACACACACACACACACACACACACACACACACACAUCAGAGUGUAAUUCUGAAGAACGAAUAAGUUUUAUUGGCUAAUAACUGCCUUCUGAGUCUGCCAUCUCUGAGAAGAUACUGUGUUUACACCAAGAUGCCUGAAAUUAGGACAAAAGAAUAAAAGGGGCAUUUGAUAGGGUAGACAGAAAGCUGUUGAUAAAGCCAUCAGCAGAUGCAAGUCAGUGAUCCCACUACAUUUGUGACCAGAGGAGCAAAUAAUAUAAAAUAUUUCUUUUCCAUUUGAGGGCCUCAGUUUGGCCUUCAGUUGCUAAGAAAAGAUGGCCACAUUUGUAGAAAAAUAACUAUGAUUUAGUGACGUCACCUUGACCAAACUUGUACUUUUUAAUGAUAAAUUAUUUAACUAGAGAAAUGAGAGUUCUUUUCUAGAUAUUGAACAAGAUUUUUAUGCCCUGUAAAUAAAGAAAAUAAGCAUGUGAUCAUUUUAACUUCUGGGGGAAAAAAAACCUUAAUAGCAAAUUUCAGAAUUUUUUUUCCUUUCUAUUUUUGAUUUUUGAAGUUUCUGGUUCUAGGUCAUUGAAAAAUGAGCAAGUAUAUUUAGACACGUGAAAAGUUUUUUUAAAAAACACAAACUUGUAAAUACAUUCUUUUUUUAGUCUUAUUUCAGCAGCCAGCACAUUAGAUUAGCUGCUUGUUUACACACUAGAAGUUAAGUAUAUUGAUUAAUUUAGCUUCUGAGAUACCAUUGGUCACUUUUUUUUUUUUUUUAAUGAUUCUGUUUUGUGGUUGUGAAUAGAGAAUAGUUAUAAAACUGGAGUUUUGAGAUCUUUAGUGGGCCUAUGUGGUGUUCUCUGCUUUUCGUCAUUCUCUGAAAAUCCUGCAAGUGAGUUUAGCCACUUGAAAGCUUCUUUGUGCAGUCUUUACAUUACUUUUUAUACAUAGGAAGUUGGAGAAGGUGCUUGUAAUUGAGGCCCUAAAUGAGGCCAACCUAAUAACAAUCUGCUCCUUCUUUGCCUUUUUCUUUUGGCACUUUAAUUAAUCUCUGGCCCAUUAGCUGCAGAGGACCCAGGAUAAAUUACAAGGGAAAGUAUUAUUAUCCUAGCAAAACUCACCUUGUUAUUGUAUGACCUCAAUUUGUGUCAGCUUUGAACUUUACCUUUUAAGUUCACUUCUUAAUGUCCAUAGGAGAAAACCAUAUUUGGAACAAGGCUAAUUUAAGUUUUAUUAUGCUCUGUAGUCCCUGACACUUCCAUUUUUUAUAACAUGGAAGGCAAAAAUGCUGAUAUUUCAUCCAAAGAAAAUUCAUUGUCUUGAAGGAUGACUAUUUCUAUUCCAGUCAGAGGAGUUAAUAUUAAAUUGAUCUGUUCCCUUCCCCUACAGUUCAAGAGAUUGGACAGUGUUAUUGCUUUAUUUUCUGACUGGCAAAAAGAAUUGAAUAUUAAUUGAAUGUCUUUUUUUGGAAUUCAGAUACAGGAGUAUAUAGCUUAUCUGGGGAAGAUCAGAUAAUGGCUUAUGGAGAAUUUUAAAAAUAUGUUGUAACAUUAAUACAGAUAUGUUAAAUACUAAUUUAAUGAUCAAUUUUUCCAUCUUUAGUCUUUUCUUCGUGUAAUUUUUAAGACUCAAAAAGAAAAAUGCAAUUACCUUUUCAGAGCUAUUGACAUUGAAAGCCCCUAACCAUGGGCUGAUUUUGAGCUUCAUUAGCUGUCAGGACUUAAAAAUAACUUCUUCAUCUGGCAUUUACUCGUAACUAUUGUUGAAGCAAAAAAAUAGAAGUUUGUAAUUUAUUAUUGUAGCUAUUUUAAGACAGUGUUUACAUAACCUUUAAAUGAUCAUCUCGAAGGUUCUUUCCUGAAAGACUUUGAGACAAAUUUCUCUUCAGUUUUUUAAAUGUGAAAUAUAUCUAUUCUUGUAUUUUUUUGUCCAGAAAUUUCCAAUUUUAUCUUUGAAUUGUUUUUUUUUCUUCUUAAAAGCCAAGCCAUAGUAAUGAUAAUAACAUUUAUGUUUACAUUUUGGGCUUCAUAUGUUUGGGUAGAAAGGCUACAUAAACUAGGUCUACAUAAUUAUUUUAUAACAUUAUGGUUCUACCACUGUUAACUUGAUGAAUCACUCACAUCACCAAGAAUUCAGGGUUCGGGCUUCCUCAUUUUCAAGGUUCUUUGGGAGUCAUAUGUAGAAGAAAAGACAAGGAUUUGAGUUUAGCAAGCAAAAAUAGGUAGUUUCCUUUCUGUCUGGAUGUAGUUGCUGUAAUUCUAGGGCUUUAGGGUUCUUUUCUUUAACUAGUGAGGAUUGCUACUCUCGUCACUAUUGAAGUAUAGUGUGGAAGCCUUAAAAAAGGGAAAGCUACCAUUGAUUUGACAAAUAAUGAGCCCUACUGUUCCACUGAAUUCCUAAUGCCUUUUUCUCUCUCAUUCUACCUAGUCUCGCAUGGCCAAACAUGCAUGGCAAACCCACUUUUUAAAAAUAGCAAAAGUUUGGAGUAUCCAUCUUUCACAUCUUAUCAUGGUCCUUUGGUUUUUUGAAGGAUGAAAUCAGUGAACUUAGAUUUGGAGAUAGGACCUUGAAUAAGUAAAAUUGCUCAGAGACAAAAUUCACUGACUAGAAAGCUUGGUGUUUCAAAAAUAGAAUUUUAAGAAUGAUAUUAUGAGUAUUCUUCCUUUCUUUUUGCCUAUAUGUUGUUUUGUGAAUCUCCAGAAAGCCAACAAAUACAAAAAGAGAAUAAGAAAUGGCAUCUAGUUAGUAUAGUGGAUUCAGUUUUUAGGGGAUCUGUUUAGAAAAUAUUAAUUUAAUGUCACUGAAAUAGUAAUAACACUAACCUGCUGUUUGUAUUCAGAAAAAAAUAAUAUCACUAAUUUUAUGUAAACUUUUUUUGUUUAUAUUACAAAAUGCCAGGAUACUCUAACCAAAUUCUUGUUUUAAAUUUGCUAAUUUAGAAAACUUAAUUUUUAUGGUCUUUUUUAUAGACGCCAAAUAUCACUAAUAAAUUCUAACAUUAGUCAUAGUUGAGUCUAAUAGGGGCUGUUCAGUUAUUUAAGAUGAAUAAAAAUGAACUCUGUUAAGAAUUAUUCAGUUGCUUUUAAAACAGUAUCAGUUUUAUUUGGAGCUUUCAAAGCCAACUGAAGUAUGCUCAUUAAAAAACAAACUUUGCUUAGCAGAUUAAGGAGUUUGUUUUUGACAAACUCUAGACUGAAGAUAUUGUGACUGAGAGGGGUGAAUUUGACCAUGACAUCCAAGGCCAAACUGUUAGUAACCAACAAAACUAGAUUAUCCCUACAAUGUGUUUGAACAGGUUUUCAAAGAUUAUAAUUAGUAUGGGAUGAAGAAUUUGUUAUUGCUCACCCCAAUCUACCACCAAUUUGUAGUGAUUAAAAUUUGAUUUACAUUUUUUUGGUAGUAAAUCCAAUGGUAGCCUUGACUAUAAUUCAGUCACCAGGGGCUGCUUUUUUAUUAUGCUUUCUUCUCCAAACUAACUGAAGGACAUUGCAGCUCCUUAUUUAAAACACUCCACAAUUUAACAUAAUACAGCUUGGUCUCUGAAGAUGAGAGGAAUAUUGUAAAAAGCAUGUUCUAUGCAGAAGUCAAGAUAAUUUUUUUCUAGAUCUAUGAGACAAGUCUAAACUGCUGAGUUGAUUGUAGAAUGAAAUACAGUUAGCUACAUGAAUGAAGCCAUCAAUCAAUUAGUUGUAUCACCCUAUUUUUUCAUUUAAAGUCAUUUUUAUUUUGAAUAGUCCUGUUGACACUAUGGAGAACUUUGGUUGGAUAACAAAACACAUGGAAACUGGUACUUAAUGCUUUGGGGAAACCAAUGCCAACUCACACUGAAAUAAGCAUGUUUUCCUUUUGAGGGUUGUACCCAAAUGUCUCCCUAUUCCACAAAGAAAUUAGUGUUACUUGAAGGUGUGAGUCCAUGUGGCAGCCGUACCUUGAAGCACAGUAUUGUAAAUAAGUAAAUAUUGUCUUGAUUCAAAAUUUAAAUUCAGAUUUCAUUAAUAUAUUAUUUUAUAUCUUUGUUGUAUCAAAACAUAUUUAAAAGAACUAAAAAUAAAACAUUUGAAAGCUUCA